AUGGUACAAAGAGGAACGCGCAUAGGGCCGCUGCCUGGGGGUCGCCGGGGCGCGUCUGGAGCUGGCGCUGGACGCGGCAGCAUGCGGGCCGCCAGCCGAGCGCGAGGAGCUGUACGAUCACCUAGCAGCCCUCCGCAUCCAUCAUCCCCACCAGAAGGCUUGGUGUCGGCUGGGUCUUCUCGGACUCAGCAAGCGGCACCCGCCGCUGGUGGAGCACGUCGCAUGCGUUGGUCACAAACAAUGAACGCAAACGCACUGCGGGCGUACUUUAGGGCAAAAGGGGAAGAAACCGGAUGUUUGGCAUAUCGGGCUCGGAUGCAUCGCUUUUUUGCAGAGCUGGAGCCAUCUCUAUCCGUCACUGAGCAAAACCUGGCAGACCGAGUUCGGUACAUCCUGCGCUCCAACAUAUUUGGUGACGCCGAACUCGAACGACUACGACGUGAGGCUGUUCCCUCAUCGGAUGGAAAUGCUACGGCUGGGAAUGCGGCGCCACUAAUUGCGCAGCAAACUGCAAAUGUGGACGCUGCCGUCAAUAUUCCAUUUGUGGUUGAUUCAGACGAUGAUGGAAUAGUCCCCCACGAACUAGAGAAAAUGAGGAGCAUAUUGGAAGAGUCGAUGCUGGAAACGCGCAGCAUGCCUCUCGAAAAUCGACCGCGACUUCCCCGCAUACCCCUUAGCAAGCGAAAUCGGGCUGUCGUGCGGGCUCUUAACCCAAUGCUGGUGACAUAUUUGGAAGCCAGCCGGGACCUUUGCGAGACGGACUCAAUUCUUUUUGGCGCCGCACUGGCAGUAUGCCGUAUUAUUGGCGCCAAACUUCCCAUGGCUGGACGUGCUACUCAACAAGGUAGUGCCAUCCCAGCCUGGAGAAAAAGAAUCGAGGACCGUAUCGCAAAGGCAAGGGCCCUUAUCGGCAGACUGAUAAGCUUCAGGUCGGGUAAUAUUAGACCGAGAGUUGUGCGCACCGUUAGAAUGGCGUUUGCUGGGACAAAUAUUAGUUUGUCCCAGCCGGAUAUCACGCAGAAACUAACGGAGCGCAUAGAUGACCUGAAGCAAAAAAUCGCUGCUUGGGGAAGCGGAUUCGACGAUUUAGCGAGAGGUCAAGGCGGUUCAACCAAAAUCGUCUCUUCCAGAGUGAUCAGAAGAGGCUCUAUAAAUCAUUGGAGCGACCAGAGGUAUGUGGAGCGGGCCCAGGACCGGAUCAGGCUGACACUGUCGCAUUUUGGCGUGGCCUGUGGUCAGAGCCCGUAA